CAUCUGCCUUUGCAUCAGUUUGUACUCACAAAGAGCAAACCUACAUACACUGCAUCUAAACGGAACUGUUUGGCAUUGGGAUUCUUCUAUCACUUUUUUACUGCUGUAAAAAAAAAGAAAAAGAAAAGGAAGCUAAUGCACUGCUUACUUUUCACAGCUACUGAAUUUUUCCCUAUAAUCUUCUGAAAUUGAACCUCGCUAUAAAGGGGAGACCAGACCACUGAACCCUACCAACCAGAGAUGGACACAAGAGAGGACUUUCAUUUUUAAGCCUAUUUUGCACUCAGCAAGGCACAGGAUAAAAAAAUUGGAUACCAGCUCGGACAUGGUCACAGUAUCUCAAAAUAGCAGAUGACCAGUUCACCAUACUGACCAUGCUGGCCUUUCUUCAGGACCAUCCUGGACCAGAGAGGAACAGUGAACCCUUGCACCGUACACAAUUCCUGCGCAGAACACAGCUCCUGAACACGUUCUGCUGGACACAAAAAUGUCACAUCCUUUACAUUUCUUGAACGGGUUUGGAGCUGGCAAUGGAUCUUUGCCAGCUCUCUCAGUAACAGGAGCGCCCAAGCAGGACGACCCAAGUGACGAACAAGGAAACAAAGUGCGCUGGGCAGCGUUGCUGAUCCUCCUGGUGAUAAUCCCCACCAUUGGGGGGAACAUACUUGUCAUACUGGCCGUGUCCCUGGAGAAAAAGUUGCAAUAUGCUACCAACUACUUUUUGACAUCCUUGGCAGUGGCAGAUUUGCUCGUGGGUCUGUUUGUGAUGCCCAUUGCCCUCCUCAUAAUAUUAUUUGACAAUACCUGGCCUUUACCAACUGCCUUGUGUCCUAUCUGGCUGUUCCUUGAUGUCCUCUUUUCCACAGCUUCCAUCAUGCACCUCUGUGCCAUCUCACUAGACCGCUACAUUGCGAUAAAAAAGCCAAUCCAGGCUAGUCAGUACAAUUCAUGGGCUACAACAAUCAUCAAAAUCAUCGUGGUUUGGCUCAUUUCAAUAGGCAUUGCAAUCCCCGUCCCUAUCAGAGGCAUUGAAGAUGGAAACAGCAACUCCACAAACAUCACGUGUCUCCUGACGCCUGAUCGUUUUCAUGACUUCAUUCUGUACGGCUCAGUGGCUGCUUUCUUCAUCCCCCUCGCUAUCAUGAUUGUCACCUAUUUUCUGACAAUCCAAGUGCUGCGCAAGAAGGCCUAUUUGAUCAACAAACCGCCCCAGCGUUUCACUUGGUCAACGGUGUCCACAGUGUUCCAGCGUGACACGACACCCGCCUCCUCACCAGAGAAGGUGGCCAUGCUAAAUGGCUCCAGGAAGGACCAGACCUUGUCCAGUGAUAUGCCUCUCUGCAGGACAUCUACAAUAGGGAGGAAGUCCAUGCAAACCAUAACCAACGAGCAAAGGGCAUCAAAAGUCCUGGGGAUUGUAUUUUUUCUUUUCCUGUUAAUGUGGUGCCCAUUUUUCAUAACAAACAUAAGUUCAGUUCUGUGCAACUCCUGCAACAAGGAGCUUUUCCAAAAGCUUUUGGAGAUAUUUGUUUGGAUAGGAUAUGUAUCCUCGGGAGUGAAUCCUCUUGUAUAUACGCUCUUCAACAAAACAUUUAGGGAGGCUUUCAGUAGGUAUAUCACUUGCAACUAUCGGACCACAAAGCCUAUCAAGGCCCUGCGGAAGCGCUCCAGCAGGAUCUCUUUUAGAAGCUCUGUGGCAGAAAAUUCCAAGCUCUUUGUCAUGAAUGGGAUGAGAAACGGGAUUAACCCCAUUAUGUACCAGAGCCCAAUGAGGCUGAGGAGCUCACCCAUCCAGGCAUCAUCGGCCAUUCUGCUGGACACCCUGCUGCUCACCGAGAACGAAGUCGAUAAAACAGAAGAACAAGUCAGCUACGUAUAGUGGGACUGCGGCCGAGUCUGUGUAUAGCAUUGCUGUAUGUAUUAUUCUAGAUAACUGUGCUGUAAGAGGGUAUAAAUACUACUGUUUUCUGUUAUUUAUGCAAGCAAUAUCUUAUAAAUUUAUAUUAAUUCCUCUCCUCCAAAGACUUCUCUACUUUAACCCCAACUCCACGGUUGCCAUGGUGGCAACUGCAACUUCAUUCCAUGAAAAAUGACUCAUGCAGAACUGUAGCCUAAGGAAGAGGGAAAUAAAUAAAA